GGCUGGACUGCUGAAAACUAAAGUGUGGGCUCUACGAUCAGGUUUCAUUAUUUUCCAGUCGUCUGGCUGCGUCUGGAGUGGCAGGAAAUGGACCCAUCUAAGGAGGUAGCUGCCUCUGAGAAGGAAAGGACACCAGCAGGGGAGGAGAGUGAAGAGCUGUCCAGCGAACUCCCCAGCACCUCUUCUGGAAUGUUGACCCUGUCUGGAGAGAAGCGUAGGGAUCUGGAGUCUGAGAUCUCUAGGCUGGAGGAGGAGCUGAAGGUGCUGAAGGCAGAGGUCAACAGGGAUGAGCAGUCUACCAGCACCUCUUCUGGAUGGUUGACCCCAUCUGGAGAGAAGCAUCGUUUUCUGGAGAAUGAGAUCUCUACGCUGAAGGAGAGGCUGGAGGUGCUGAAGAAAACAUUGGAUGUUCCAGCUCUGCUGCUGACCACUCUGGAGGAGAUGAACCCACACGAGCUGAAGACAUUUCAGUGGUAUCUGUAUAGGGCCUGGCUGCCUGGCUGUCCUCUCAUCCCAGAGAGUCAGCUGGAGAACACUGACAGACAGGUCACAGUGGAUCAGAUGAUGAAGAGAUACGACCCUGAGAGAGCUGUGAAGAUCACACUUGUGAACCUGAAGUGGAUGAAUCGAGUAGACCUGGCAGAGAAGUUAGAGCGAUAUCACACUAGAGGUUCUGCCUCACCCUCUCACUUGUCCUUAUUCCAACUCAGGCCCAAAUCCUUCUGUUACUCUUCAUGGCCUCCUUUCACUCCAGCUCCUCCUCCUUCCUUCCCUGGCUCAUCUAAGGAGUUGUGGUCUUUAACUUCAGCUGGUAGCUCAGAACAGCUCAGCUCACAGAGAUCCUCCACGUUGGAUGUUCCAGCUCUGCUGCUGACCACUCUGGAGGAGCUCACUGAAGAACAGCUGAAGAUAUUUCAGUCUAACCUGACUAGUGGCAGGAUGUUAGACUUUCCUCCCAUCCCAGAGAGCCAGCUGGAGAACACUGACAGACAGGUCACAGUGGAUCAGAUGGUGGAGAGAUACGACCCUGAGAGAGCUGUGAAGAUCACACUUGUGAACCUGAGGUGGAUGAAUCUGGAUGAUCUGGCAGAGAAGUUAGAGCGAUAUCACACUAGAGAUUCCAGCCCUGUCUUCUCCCAAGCCCUCUAUCCACCCAGUGUUGUCAUGGAGAAGCCUUCCAGGUUCCCUCCCUCCUCAGUACAGCACAGUUUACAGAUAUUGGCUGUUCCAGCUCUGCUGCUGACCAGUCUGGAGGAACUCACUGAAGAACAGCUGAAAACAUUUCAGUCUUACCUGACUAGUGGCAGGAUGUUAGGCUUUCCUCCCAUCCCAGAGAGCCAGCUGGAGAACACUGACAGACAGGACACAGUGGAUCAGAUGGUGGAGAGAUAUGGCCCUGAGAGAGCUGUGAAGAUCACACGGAGGAUCCUGAGGGGGAUGAAGCGGGUAGACCAAGCAGAGAAGUUACAGAGAGAUCACACUAGAGCUGUAUCUACAACAGAAACAAAAUGGUGGAGAAACUCAUCAGACACUGGCAAUGAUGAAGAGAGAGAGAAGAAACAUGUCCAUCUGUCUGGACUUUCUAGAGCCUUGGACAGAGAGGCAGCAGGCAGCAAAGACACUGGAAUCACAAAGGACAAAUAUGAGCUGGUCACGAAACCUACAGAGAAGAAAAGAGAAGCUCUGCUGCUGGCCACUCUGGAGGAGCUGAGCACAGACGAGCUGAAGAUAUUUCAGCAGGAACUGACUCUAAGCAAACAGCUUCCACCUUACCUGACUGGCUUUCCUUCCAUCCCAAAAACUCAGCUGGAGAACAAUGACAGACAGGUCAUAGUGGAUCAGAUGCUGAAGAGGUACGGCCCUGAGGGAGUUGUGGAGAUCACACUGAGGAUCCUGAGGAGGAUGAACCGGGAAGAUCUGGCAGAGAAGUUCGAGAGAUAUCACAGUAGAGAUUCCAGCCCUGUAUUCUCCCAAGCCCUCUAUCCACCCAGUGUUGUCAUGGAGAAGCCUUCCAGGUUCCUUCCCUCCUCAGUACAGCACAGCUUACAGAGAUCCCACAUAUUGACUGUUCCAGCUCUGCUGCUGACCAGUCUGGAGGAACUCACUGAAGAACAGCUGAAAACAUUUCAGUCUAACCUGACUAGUGUCCAGCUGCUUGGCUUUCCUCCCAUCCCAGAGAGCCAGCUGGAGGUCACUGACAGACAGAACAUAGUGGAUCAGAUGCUGAAGAGGUACGGCCCUGAGCGAGUUGUGGAGAUCACACUGAGGAUCCUGAGGAGGAUGAACCGGGAAGAUCUGGCAGAGAAGUUCGAGAGAUAUCACAGUAGAGGAAAGAAAAGGAGAACAAGUGAGGAACCAUCCUGGCCUGGUCUAGUUUCCAGGCGCGAAAAGAUUGAGGAGCAUUGUGUCCCAUUGACUGGCAGAGCCCCGUUCUUCAUCAAACAUAAGAAAAUCCCAAAGCUAGAGAUGGACUUUUCAACCAUCCUAGGGAGCCAACUGAAGAUGGCUAACAGUCUCAACACAGAGGUAUCUGUGAACACCCAGGAGAACACCCAGAGGAUUGAUGAUGAGGAGUUGGGAAGAGAAAGGGAUUCUCCUCUUUUCCUGGAUCACCAUCACAUGAGUUCUCCAGAUGAAUUUACACCUGAAAUCCAUGAUCAGGACAACAGGGGAGAGUACCGGUUCCAGUGCCCCAGUGCAGGUCUGUUCCAGUGCAGUAUAACAGGCCUGGUGUUCAGGAUGGAGGGAGAAGGAGAGGUGCUCUAUAGGACAGUCCCCUGGGACAGGAGGCUUCUAUCCCAGAGAGGCAAGAGACCUGCAGGACCUCUGUUCAUGUUUAGAUGCCUUAAGGGGUCUGUCAGUCAACUACACCUCCCACAGUGUGAGAUCUACAAUAGUGGUGGAUGUGACUUCCUGUCUGUAGCCCAUGUGACUGAUGAUGACAUCAUUGAGUUUAUCCCUCCUCUUGAGACAACAGACACACAUGUCAUAAUAAACAUCAGUGGAUUCUCUGCUUAUGGUGAAGUCAAGGAUGAAGACUCUCCCAUCGUUCCUAUAAGAGCACUUGUCUUGUUGUUCUACAAGCCCCCAGAUGUUCCUAAAAAGAGGUCCAUCCUGAAUGUGUUGUUGCUUCCCAGAAAUGUUGUCAUCAGGGAGGUGCAGGAGGAGUGGAGAAGAAGGAAUGGAGACAAAUACAUCUACAUUGAAACAAAUUCUCACUGCCAACUAACUCCAAAUAAAGAAUACGAGCUCUUCACAGAUCUUACAGAUGAAUAUCUAAUUCAACCAAAGGAUGCAGAAUUUGUGGAUUUUGAAUUCUAUGAAAACUACAUCCCAACAUUUCAGUUGUUCAUACAAACUGUUGUUGAGCAAGUUCAUCUUCUUCUGAAAGACAAUGUUGGUGAAGAAUCUGUCUGGGAAAGACUUGUCUGGCUUCCAGAAUCACCAACAGAUGUCCCCUCUACAGUUUCAGCUGUUUCCCCUGCAGACCCUCCUGCCAACCCCUCUGCCCCCCCUGGUAGAGCCUUCAUCAGAAGACACAGGAUGGCUCUAGAGACUCGCCUGGGACUCUUACAGCCCAUAUUCCUGCGUCUCCAGGAUCAUGGAGUUCUGAUUCACGAGGAGAGGGAGGAGGUGGACAGCAAAUCCACCAAGACCCUACAGAACCAAGCCCUGCUGGACAUGGUGGUAAGGAAGGGGUCUCGCGCCCAGGAACACUUCUACCAGGUCCUGAAGGAAGUAGAUCCCUGCCUGGUCGAAGACCUGGAAGAGCAGACAGUCUGAGAGGUAACCAUGGAUACAACAGCAUCAGGAUAUAUUAUAUCACUAUACUAAUACAUGCUCUGAAAGAGACAGACAGUCUGAGACAGGUAGCCAUGGAUACAACCUCACAACCUCAGAAGAUAUCAAAACAUUUAUCAGAGACAGAGAGCGGCACUUUGAGGAGGAGCCAUCCUGACCAGAGGUGGUUGGUGUGUAACGUGAUUGGACACCAUUCUCACCAGCACUCCCAUCAGCCUGUAGUUUACUAUACAAGCCCCAGGUCUCAGGCAAGCUGACAUCACUGUCAGGCUACUGUCUACCAGACAACCUACCUGUGUUACUCUGGUACACUGGCUAUAAACAACAAGAUUUUUGAAUUUCUAUCUGGAACAUGGUGAAUGUUGAAUCAUCUUGGACAGGUCUCAGACAACAACAUGUGAGACUUAACAUCUACCAGACAACUGACUCGUACUGGACAGCUGUACUGGCUGAACACAAUAUAUAUCUCUGUUUAGAAAUAGUGUAUACAGUGGGGCAAAAAAGUAUUUAGUCAGCCACCAAUUGUGCAAGUUCUCCCACUUAAAAAGAUGAGAGAGGCCUCUAUUUUCAUCAUAGGUACACUUCAACUAUGACAGACAAAAUGAGA